AGAGAGAGAGAGAGAAGGAGGGAGAGAGUGUACCGCGACGUGUCAGCGAAAAGUGUCAAAGCGUGGACGAGAUCGAAAGAAGGAAUCGAGGACCUGUACAGGUCCUUAACGUUCAGGACGGUGCAUGUCUCGGACCUCGUUUCUCAGUUUUUCCUCCGGCAACGCUUUGUCCACUUUCCUGAGCUGGAGGCGUGCGGCCGACUUCUGUGCUGCGUGCAGAGGCUCUGCAGAGGCAGAAGUGCAGCCGACGAGCCCGGCGAGCAUCGGAUCAACGCUCGCGGUCGUCGAGGAGCGAAAGCGGAGCCGGAGCUGGUGGAGGGUCAGGGUCCCUCGGGCCCGGAGGAUGGAAUGCUCGCUAUGCCCGUCAGCCCGAGUCCCGCAUCCACUUCGUCGCAGGAAGACGCUUGCAAACCGCCACCGCGUAACUGCUACCGCCUCGUUAUGCUCGGCAGCGCCCGUGUUGGAAAGACCGCCAUUGUAGCACGAUUUCUGUUCAACAAAUUCGAGGAGAGCUACACGCCGACGAUAGAGGAUUUUCACAGGAAACUUUAUAGGAUCAGAGGCGAGGUUCACCAGCUUGAUCUGCUGGAUACAAGCGGAAACCAUCCGUUUCCGGCUAUGCGACGAUUGUCCUUCCUGACGGGGGAUCUCUUCGUCGUUGUGUUCAGUAUGGACUGUCGGGAGUCCUUCGAGGAAGCCAUCAGGCUGAGGGAAGCGAUCCUCGAGACUAAAGUGAGCGCGACUCAAAGUGCCACGAAGAGCAGAAGGAGCCACUACAGUCUGAAAGUCCCUAUGGUCAUCGUGGGGAAUAAAUGUGAUAAAGAUGUAAAAACGGUCACGGUAGAAGAAGCCGAGCAAUAUUGCGUAAGUCAAGAUGAAUGCUGCAUCUUCGUGGAGGCAUCCGCGAAGCGAAACUAUCACGUGGACGAAUUAUUUUAUCAGCUAUUCGUAGUGGCAGGUCUACCUCUGGAGAUGGCUCCGAAUCAUCACCGAAAAGUACCGCUUACCUUUGGCUCGCCAACUAUGCUACCGCCGUCGCAGCCGCGGCACAAAGCCACUCUCAGCAUAAAACGUCGGCUGAGCGAUGCUUGCGGCGUCGUGGCGCCGAACGUGCGACGUCCCAGCAUAAGAACGGACUUAAUGAUCAUGCGGACGAAAACGUGCUCGCUCGCGGCCGCGAACGAGAACAACACACCGGGAUCCAGGAUCACGCUUAGAACAGGAAGAAUCGAGUCCAGGAAGGCCUGCACGAUACAGUGAUAUUUCAAACAAUUGUCACGCGCGCGGACAAAUUUCUAUAGAUAUAUGAAAAAUAUGAUAACGCGUUUUAAAGCGAUCUUUAGAAACGAGUAUCACUCUCUAUUUAUACGAUCUUUGUAUACUUCUGCCUAUUAUAAUUUUACUAGAAUUGUGUACGAGGUACUAUCUCUGUUUAUUUUAAUUUAUUGUGUAUAUAAUUAGCGUUAUUAUUAUUAUUAUUUUUAAUCUUUGAUAAAAAUCGCUCUUCUUCCAAUAUUUCUUGCAGGACGAGAAAAGUAGUGAUAACUGAAUUUGUGUUAAUGGAAACCUCAUAUAUGCGAUCGAAACUUUCAGGUCUACAAUUGUCAGACUUCACUGGUAAUACGCAGAUAACGCGAAACGAAUACUCGCGGACGAAGAUCGCAAGGGAAAAUCAUGUUUAAACCGACCACGCUACUCGCCUUAAUUAAUUAACGGAAUAUAGCUUUAGCGUAAUGUCCCGAAGGUAAAUAUGUAUAAUUAGCUUAAGAUGUGAUCGAGUGAGAGAAAGAGAGAUUGAGAGAGGUAAGCCGCUACAUUAAUUAAUCGUCCUCGAUCAAACGCUAAACGGGAAAUCAAUACUUCGAUUAAGAGGGAUAAGAUCGUUUGACAUUUGAUCGGAGGGUUCUCCGGUAGCAAGAUGAUUGAGUUGCAAGAGGGAGAAAGAAACAAAAGAAAGAGGGAAAGCCACGUACUCUUCUUAUUAGAACAAAUUUUUAUCGAAAUUAUUCUGGAAAAUUCUUCACGAUGAAAGGACGAUAAUGCAAGAUCGAGACUUGUCAGUGUUAUGUCGUUAUAUGAGAUUGCAAAAAACACGAUGAAAAAAAGCUUUUUAUCGAAUUGGUUAACUGCGCCCAUCGUAGCCUUAUUCAAGUUCUGACACAUGAAGGAGAGCGUUUAUAUUUUCACAUAAGAUCUAGAACGUUAUUAAUUUCAUUAAUUGCGCUCGAUUAAAGGAAUGAAUUUGAUCGUUUUUCCUUCUGCUGAAUUUUUCCGUGUACAUCUAGCGGAUUUUCGUUCAGGAUAAAUAGCUCUAAAAUAAAUUUCAUUACAUUUAUGACACAUUUCGUAUUUUGUUCGUGCACGGUUUGUCAUCUUCGAUUAGCGAGACCGCAUUGUCAAUGGCGAGACACGCAUUAUAUGCCACAUGCGUACAUAUAAAGUCAAUCGAUACUUUUGAUAUCUCAAUCUUCUUUUUUAUGCAUCUCAAACCUGUUAAUACGGGUCGAGCAAAUGCGAAAAAAUUUUUCUUCUAUCGAUUGCAUUUGCACUUGAAAAAUAUUUAGUUUAAUCUUCUUGCAUGUUUAUUUUAAGCAUAAUCAAAUAAAAAGAUUACAAAAAUUAAAUUCGAAUACUUUAUAUCAGAUUUUAGCAACACAAUAGAAAAUUUAUUUAUGAAAAAAGCUAACAACAACUUCUUUCUUCUUUCUGUCAAAUUAUCGAAAAAAGAAUAAGCAUAUUUAUUCGAUGAGCGAAAGCUAUUUAACGAAUAUGAAUUUAUUGAAAUUGUGUGUAUGUGUGUGUGUGUGUGUGUGUGAAAUUUUUUUGUUCUUUUAAAAAAAUACAUUUUUCCUGUAAAUUGCACUAAAAAAAAA